AUGUGUAUUGAUGCUCCUGGAUUCCAUGAUGCUACAAAGGAUGCUUGGAACACCGAGGUGACUGGUACUGAUAUGUUCCAAGUAGUGAGGAAGCUAGCAGAGGUUAAAAAGGCUUUGAAAAGGCUUAAUUUGGUGAAUUUCUCUUGUGUUGAGGCCAGAUUGAAAGAUAUUCAAAUCAAGUUGCAUAGAUAUCCUGAUAAUACAGAGCUUAUUCUCCAGGAAAAGGAAGCUAGGAAAGAUUAUGAUAUUGCUCAUUCAGCUAGAUACAAGUUUCUGAAGCAAAAGGCUAAGUACAAGGAACUGCUUGGAACUCAAGCUUUUGCUUCUGGGAAUGUGCACCCUGCUGAAAUCGCAAAAGGAAGUGUGCUCUCUAAUGAGCAUAGUGACAAUAUUUGCAGAGCUUUCACUGCAAGAGAUGUAAAAAGAGCAGUCUGGAGUAUUAAUGACAAUAAGGCCCCUGGACCUGAUGGCUUCUCUAGGAAAUUUUUCAACGCAACUUGGGAUAUAACUGGUCUAGAUAUUAUCAAGGUAAUUCUUGAUUUCAUGGAGAAUUUUCAGAAACAAGUUAAUGCUACCACCCUAACCUUGAUUCCUAAGGAGGUGCCGCCAGGUCUAAUUGAUCCCUGUCAAGAUGCUUUUGUUGCAGGAAGACCAAUUCUGGAUAACAUUAUAGUAUGCCAUGAUAUGCUCAAAGCUUAUAAUAACAAAAGGAAGCCACCUAGAUGUACCAUUAAAGUUGAUCCGAGGAAGGCUUAUGAUUUUCUAAGCUGGGAUGUACCAUUAAAAUAUGAUCUUAUGCUUUUUUCAUAUGGGAACACUCAAUCUGUCAAACUGCUUGUUAGGGCUUUGAAAGCAUUUGAGGUUAGGUCUGGGUUGCAAGCUAACACUGAUAAAGUUGCUAUUUACUUUGGUAAUGUCCAAAGUCAGAUACAAGAUGAUAUCUUAGGUAUGUCUGGUUUUGUGGUUGGAGAAGUUCCUUUUAGACCUAAAAUGGCUGGAGGAUUGGUUAUCAGGGACUGCAUCAGCUGGAAUAAGGCUACUUUAGGCAGUUACAUUUGGAAGAUAGCAAAGAAAACUGAUUCUUUGUGGGUCAAAUGGGUCCACUCUGUAUACAUCAAGGAUUAA